UCCAGCGGACCUUAUUCGAAGCUGUUUCUCAUUUCCACUUCCAGGUUCUUCAAUUCGGACGGAGGAUACACUAUUCAGGUGUCCAUCAACGACUACUUGGAUAUUUACUGUCCCCAUUAUCAACGGGAGUUGGUCCUUGGAAAGCCGGAGUCCUUCACGUUGCUUAUGGUCAACGCCGAAGGAUACCAAGGUUGCUACGAAACGCCGGGAGCCUUCAAACGGUGGGAGUGCAACCGUCCGUAUGCCGCCUACGGGGCCGUCCGAUUCUCUGAGAAAAUCCAGAGGUUUACCCCAUUCUCACUGGGCAUCGAAUUCCAGAGCGGCCGGGAAUAUUACUACAUAUCUAUCCCUUCACCGGAGAGUCCUGGCCAGUGUUUGAAGCUACGCAUUUUGGUCUGUUGCAAAGCCACCACCACUGCAGACCCCGCAACGGAGGGGCCCAAAUCUCAGCCCCGAGGGAGAGGCGGUCCAGAGAAAGCAGUUGUCGUUCGUGCACACAGCCCUGCCCCGAUCGGGCUUAGUGUCACCUGCCUGGCUCUCCUGGUGGUGCCCUUUUUCUGGCUCUGACUGGAGGGGAUUUGGAUUGUGUGCCUCCCCCCAAGACUCGGGCCGGUUAGGGAGCGCUGACCCCGCACUGUUUAUCCCCGCUGCGGAGAGGCUGACCGAUCGCUUGGCACUUUAGAUUUUGCCGAAGACCCCCCCCCCUCCUCAAUUUCCCCUUCAAUUGACCACAAAGGUGCUUUGGGGACGGAUGGACAGAUAGCGGUCCCAAAUCCCGAAGGAAGACCUCCUUAAGCCCAGAUGAUCCUCUCCGCUCCCAUUCCCACGCCGGAGGAUCUUCGAGG